AUGGGGGAACAUGUUCCGGCUCAAAAUCCACUCUCCGUCCCCCCCAUGACUCCGCAACUACCGCCCACAGGUGAUAGCCAGCAGUGCGAGAGAAGGGCCGGUACUUUCCAACCGCCUGGGAAUUUCGCCAGUGGUUUCACCACUAUUUCUGGAUUUGAGAACAGGCACGGCGAGAAUGGAGUCUUUAGCCGUCUGCCGCCCUAUUCACCAUACGACGCAGGGCUCGGUAUUGCUAGCAGUUCGAGCGGCGCUACAAACGCGGAAUUUAUCACUCCACCUACUUUUAUGGCUCAGCAGGCAUUCGAUAACGUCCCGAGCUCAGGAUCCCAAAAGAGUAGCUGCUGUUCUGCAAAGACGCCAGCAACCGUCCCCGCAUCGACUCAGAGUUCUUGUUGCCGAAAGAAUGACUCGCCUAUGGAUUCGCAGACUGCAUCAUACCAGCCCUAUCCGGAUGGCGCGAUGUAUCCACCAACUUCGACUCCACAAAACUCAUCCUGGCAGCAUUUCUAUACAGCUGGCCAGAAUAACUACUCGUCGCAUUACCCUUUACAGAAUCAGGCACUCGGACAGCCUGCGGUCAUGCCGAACUACAUACCUCAACCGACACUAGACUACUCAAAGCCGAGUUUCUCGCAGCAUAAUGUCGCCAACGGUAAUGGGUUCUUCCACGGCACCUUAUCACAGCCCACGUCGGGUCAGACACAAACUCUUGGUUCCCCAAAUACAACUUUCAGCGGAGAGCGGAAGCAUGACUGCAACUGUGGGGACAGUUGUCAGUGUCUAGGAUGCGCCACCCAUCCCUUUAAUAACACUACCAGACAGCACGUCCAAGAGAUGGGUCUCUUAGUCACGCUUGAUGGUGAGGAAUCGAGUUUCGAGCGUUUGAAUGGCUACCGCAAUUUGCAAUCAAAUGGCAACCCUGAUGCCACUCCGUUUAACUACGACUUGACCAAUUUCAGCCACUUCGGCCACGAAAACCACUCGGAGGCCAUACACAACACGGACAACAACAGUCCAAAUGGCAGCUCGCCUUCUACAGAGUACCCCUCAGAGCAACAUCUGAUGGUACCCUCCGAAUAUUACACCAUCGAAUAUCCUGUGCAACUCCCCAGUGCUUGCUCGGAUGUGACUGGUAGUUGCCUCUGCGGCAACGAUUGUGCCUGCGUUGGCUGUCUCACACAUAGUGGUCACAAUGGCCUUGCAGUCGAGUCCUCAACGAUCGAGAACAACGAUUUGUCUCCAUCGAGUCCUUCUGCAAAGCAUGAGAGCGUCGGCUCCCCGCUCGUACCUGGGCACACACAUGCCACCGUUCAAUCACCGAACCCAAUGCUCUAG